AUGGCAUCUAUACUUGAUAGAGACCCUGAUGCCGACAAGAAGAUGGAUACUCGCAACUCCAUCGCUUCAGACUUUGCUGAAGAUGCAGUUGUUCACGACUUUAGUUAUUGCCCCUCAUUCGCCAGAGUGUUUCGGUCUCUGGGCGCCAUGUCACUCACAAUGGCAGUGGCCUCUGACCUUACAAGCAUUGCCAGUUUUGCUUGGGAAUCAUCCAGCUCAAUCUGCACCAUCAUCGGCCUCUUCAUCGGCUGGAUACUGACCAAUCCUAUCAUCUUUAUGGUCGCCAUAGCUACCUGCGCUGCAUGGUUUUUCACGGCAUCUAUUAGAAUGGAUAAGGCCAGCCUUGUUUUCAUCACCUCGGCAACCCUUAUUCUCGUUUCCUCGGUCUGUUUUAUCAUUAGACUUCCCGUCAUCCAAAAGACACGGGGUAUUCCUUUUACUUCUGUCGGUACCGUCUUUAGAGACUACACCAACUACAGUAACUGGGACAAGCCUGUUUCUGUACGGUUUACCUUCUUUUAUGCCGCAUGGGUCUUUACUGGCUGGAAUGCACCGUCGGCCGUGGCAGAGGAGACUCACGAUACACGAAUAGUGGCACCUCAUUCCAUUAUCAACGUGCAUUGUCUACAAGCAGGCAUAGGUAUGCUAUUCUGCAUCUUGUUAGCUUCUGUAUUACCGACAUGGAAGCAGCAGUAUCUGGCCCUACCUUCUGUUACCGGCUACGCUGCGUUUACCCUCAUAAUUGAGCGCUGGGGUCUCAAGGCCGCGGGAGCUUUCCUUCUGAUCAUAUUCCUAAACACUUCCAUAAGUGGCGCGGCCGUUUUGGUCAUAAUAUCUUAUCAGACAGCUGCCUUUGCACGGGAUAGGGGGAUGCUCUUCAACGAUAAACUCUCAUACGUCUUACCCCAGAGAUUUUCUCCUAUUACUUCCGAGACCAUCUACUCCCUUGCUAUUAUUGCGGUUAUGGUUCCGGGCCUGUGGAAUAUGGGCCGACUUAGCAAAACUGUCCAUGUCCUGGGUUUUUUCACGGUCGUCUAUAUGUCAAAAAUAGAAUGCUUCCCUCCUCAGGCAGAUUAGACUGGAUCGACGCUGCACUA